AUGUCCUCUUCAGCGGCCUCCUCCACGCCGCCCGCCGCGGCGGCGGCCGGCGGCGAUAAGCCUGCGGUGGCGCCGUACGGGUCGUGGAGGUCGCCCAUCACUGCGGACGUCGUCUCCGGCGCGGAUAGGCGCCUCGGCGGUAUCGCCCUCGCUGGGGAUGGGCGCCUUCUCUGGAUCGAGGGCCGCCCCGAGGAGAAAGGGCGUAUGGUUAUUGUAAAGGAGGAGGAUAAUCCUGUGGAUGUCAUACCUCAGGAAUUUGCAGCACGCACCCUGGCUCAAGAAUAUGGAGGUGGUGCAUUUGCAGUUAACAAGAGUGUUGUUGUGUUCUCAAAUUACAAGGAUCAACGUCUAUACAAGCAAACAUUAGGGAGAGAACUGUUUUUUGUUACUGACAGAGGGAGUGGAUUUUGGAACAUUUAUAAAUGGGUUGAACAAACCAAUGAGAUUGUACCAGUGUAUUCACUAGACGCUGAAUUUACAACACCAUUGUGGGUUUUUGGCAUCAGCUCGUAUGAUUUUCUUGGAAACAGCGACCACAUUGUUUUCAGUUAUAGGCAGAAAGGAAGGUCACAUCUUGGUGUGCUUGAUUGUGAUUCAGGUUCUGUUUCAUUGCUUGACAUCCCUUUCUCUGAUUUAUCUGAUGUGGUUGCUUCAGAUGAUUACUUCUAUAUUGAAGGUGCUUCUGCAAGUAUUCCACAGUCGAUUGCUAAGAAAGCUUAUGCCUAUUUCUACCCACCGUCAAAUCCCAAUUUUCAAGGUUUGGCUGAUGAAAAACCUCCGUUGCUUGUCAAAACACAUGGAGGACCUACUGCUGAAACACGUGCAAUUCUGGACCUCAGUGUUCAUUAUUGGACAAGUAGAGGUUGGGCAUAUGUGGAUGUCAACUAUGGAGGAAGCACUGGCUAUGGAAGAGAGUAUCGGGAGAGACUAUUGGACAAAUGGGGUAUUGUCGAUGUUGAUGAUUGCUGCAGCUGUGCGAGAUUCUUGGUGGAGAGUGGCAAAGUAGAUGGGCAGCGCCUUUGUAUUACUGGUAGAUCAGCAGGUGGAUACGCUACUUUAGCUGCACUUGCAUUCAGAGACACGUUCAAGGCUGGAGCUUCUCUGUAUGGUGUUGGGGACUUGACUCUGUUGAGAACAGAGACACACAAAUUUGAGUCCCAUUAUAUUGACAAUCUUGUAGGAAAUGAAAGAGCUUACUAUGAGAGAUCACCAAUCAACUUUGUCAACCAGUUUACGUGUCCAGUCAUUUUGUUUCAAGGGUUAGAGGAUAAGGUUGUGCCACCAGAUCAGGCACGCAAAAUAUACAAUGCCUUGAAAGAGAAAGGUUUGCCUGUUGCUUUGGUGGAAUAUGAAGGAGGGCAGCAUGGGUUCCGCAAGGCAGAGAACAUCAAGUUCACCUUGGAGCAAAUGAUGGUGUUCUUUGCGAGACUAGUUGGGAAAUUUGAGGUGGCAGAUGAUAUAACUCCAAUCAAGAUUGAGAACUUCGAUUGA